UGAUUGAUGUUUUUGUUUAUAUUUUCACCCGUAUUUCACUUUUAGUUAUUUACAUUUUCAUCACUUAAAAAUGACUUAUUACUAGAAUUAUAAAAUAACAAAAAACAUGGAAUCUCAAAGGUUGCUGGGGUCAGCUCCUACAGCGUCUAAAACCGGUGAACAAAAUAUUUCUGAUGAAGAAUGGACAGAGGAGGAAGAAUCAAGCUACAGUUCCUACUGCUCUGACUCGGAUAGCACAAUUCCUGAAUGGGAACCAUAUGUAGAUGACUUCACAGGAGAACUACUCUAUAUUGAAUGCCAUCCUUUUGUAGUGCAAAAUAACAAAGAAGUUAAAGUCAAACCGUCUGAAGAACCAUUAACAAGAAAUAAAGUUAGGCACAGUACUAGAGGCAAGUUCCUAAAACUGCUGAGGAGACGUGAAAGUAAACGUAGAAGCAAGAAAAAUGUGAAAUCUACAGAUGUGAAUGAAACAAACACCUCAAAAGUCAAAUUCCAAGAUUUUCAAGAAGGUGAAGAAAAGGAGGUUAUGCUUGAAAUUGAUUCUGAGAAUAGGCAUAACCUGAGUAGUGAUAAAUCCCUAGCAGAAUCUUUGCUGGGAUUGAUUGUAAGUACUUUAUCUGAUGGAAACAGAGUCAUGAUAGCAGGUUUUUCAUAUGAGAGCAAAGCCAAACAAGAAAGGAACAUAAAAAUAGGAGAUUGGUUGAAAAGUAUCAACAAUAUAGGGGUCAGUGUACAUAAUCUAGAUGAUAUCCUUCAGAAAUUCAUUAACAGAACAGAUGUCCUACUCAAACUGCAAAGAGUAGCUGGUAUUGAAGUGACAAAAGAUCCUCCUAUAAAUGAGUUGAACAUUGAAUCAGAGUUUGUCAAAGAAUUAUUGAAUAAAAAACCCUAUGAUGAGCAGAGUGUUAUGCAGUGCUUAUGUGAAUUCUCCAUAGGGAUCAUCUAUAUCAAUACUGAGAAACUCAGUGAGAGUAAUCAAGACAAUGAAGACAUAACUUAUUGCUUUCCUAAACCAAUGCAGAAAAACAUUUUGUGUAAUUCCAGGGGAAUGUUUAUUACUUUGAACCAUCUUCUUGAAGAUGUUACAAAAAGCAAGCCUAGAAUUUUUUCUCUCAAGCACAAUGGACACCUAGCACAUAUUGUCACAACAAAUAUUGAUAAAAACAGUCUGCUGCUGAUGCUUCCUGAUGAAAAAGCUUCAAAACAAGAAGCACUAUUGAUCAACAAUCAGUUGUUGACCUUUUUGAACUUUGCAUAUGAGAGCAUAGACAAGUGUUUCACUUCUGAACAUAAUCUGUGCCAAAUCAACCAUUUUUUUAUGAGAUUCUUCACCAAAAUCCUGAGUAAUGAGUCUUGGAUUACUGCAGAACAGUUUGCUAGUAGCCAGAAUGUGGAUGCCACAGAAAAAAAUCUAUUUCAAUUUGAAGGUGUGAUGUGUGCUGCAUCAACUUUAUGUCUGCCAGAUAGUGCUCAGAUGCAAAUUGAUGAUGCACUCUCUGAGUUAGAAGCUAGUGAUUACAGGGACUGGAAUGAAGAACCACUGGACUGUCAAAGACUUUUCACAAUAUUAGGUAGUGCCCUAUUCCAUUCUGGCUAUCUUCUAGCCAGUCACUUCAUUCAUGAAGAUCUUGUUGAUGUUUACUGUUUCUGUAAGAUUCAGGGGCUGUUUCGAUUGUCUAAAACAGAACCUGUCAAGUCUCUGGUACUGUGGAAAGAAGUUUUUCCACAUUCUUGUAACAAAGAAAAGAAUACUAGAGUGAAGAUUCCCAGUGGAAGGCGAUAUUUGCUUGUAGUGGAAAGCAUGAAGGACCUGUUGGCCGUCAUAAUGGAAGCGGGCGGAUGCACUGAGCCCCCCGAAGGCAACUCGGGCCCCGACGCCUUCUACGUAGAGGAGGCGCAGGCCACCCUGGCGCAUAUCCAAGAGCUGGGGCUGGGCGAGCUGUGCGACCGGCUGCUGGCGAUCGGCCCCCAUGCCCAGGUUGCGAGGCCCCUUCCUCCAACCGGCAGGAACAAGGGGGAUUUUAUGAGUUUGGGGUUUUCCAAGGGAGGCGUGGGAACUGUGAAGGAUUCUUCGUCUAUCAUCUCCAAAAAAAGUGAAGUGACAUCCAUAUUGAAGAAAAGGCUUUCAGACCAGAAUUUCGUGGCGCCCUCUAGUUCAUCGAAUUCUCUCCAAGACGACUCUUUCGAUGGACAAUCUGAAGGAUCAGGAAGCCACAGCGAGAUAAGCGACGAUUCCAGACAGAAUUCCAAAAGGCGGUCCAAGUAUGACUCUAACGAAGACGAAUCAGAAACCGAUGAAUAUGGGGAGGGAAGUCAGAUGAGCGUUAGUAGCUUCGACAUAUCGGAAAUGCGUCAGUGUAUCUUGAAUGAAACUGAGGAUUAUCGACCGGUUCAGCUGACUUCCGGAUGUGAAAAAAAUCUUUUCCACUUUGUCCAGCUGGAUAGUGCGAAGGGAAUUAUGUUGUGUCCGUCUGAAUGUCAAGAAACGUCGUUGACUUAUGACUUCAUCUUGAAUAAUUUUAGAAGGUGCUGCUUGAAAAUACACGUUUUAUUUCAAAACACCCUAAGAUUCAAGAAUAUGCCUGCACAAGAUAUUGCAAAAUCUGUGAUGAAUAAAAGUCUCAUUGCUAUAAAGGAGCAUGGGAUUCUCUUUCAGUGUCCCUACCUGGACGAAAAAGAUAACAAAAAAAGUAAAAUUACUUACUGGGUGUUAGGGAGGCUAUUUUAUAUGCCUUUACCCAAGGAAAUUUAUGUUUGUUAUCAAGAAGGUGUCCCUCAAAAUUCUGUUGAAUUAGCAUUCAAAAUGUGCAUGGCAAGUUUAUACUGAAUUGCCAUGAACAUAAUGAUAAAUAUUCCGUCC